GGAGGGGGCGGAGCCAGCGUACUGCUGCAGCUGUCCAUGAUUGUGUCGUGGGAGCCAGAGAGGGUUUGGGUACGUGCGAGAUGCAGCCAUAGUCACGCUACACUGUCUCAAAAAUUGUAACCUGCUGGGAUCGUCAGUGUUGCAGCGCAUCACAGCCGACUGAAAGGUGAGCCCGAAAGCCUGUGGACGUGAGGCAUCAUGGCCGAGCAUCAGAGGCAGCGCUCUCUGUCCACCGCCGGUGAGUCUCUCUACCUUGUGCUGGGAGUUGAGAAGGUGGCCACGUCAGAUGAUAUUAAGAGAUCUUACAGGAAACUGGCGUUGAAGUUCCACCCUGACAAGAAUCCUGACAACCCAGAGGCAGUCGAUAAGUUCAAGGAGAUAAACAACGCUCACGCGAUCCUGAAUGACCCCACAAAGCGUAACAUUUAUGACAAAUAUGGUUCUCUGGGACUAUAUGUGGCUGAGCAGUUUGGAGAGGAGAAUGUUAACACUUACUUUGUCCUUUCAAGCUGGUGGGCCAAGGCUCUGUUUGUAUUCUGCGGUCUGGCCACUGGCUGCUACUUCUGUUGCUGCCUAUGUUGCUGCUGUAACUGCUGCUGUGGCAAAUGUAAACCACGACCUCGGGAGGGCCAGGAGCAGGAAUUUUAUGUGUCCCCCGAGGACCUGGAGGCUCAGCUGCAAUCUGAUGAGAGAGCAGAGGCUGGUGGUGACCCUAUAAUGCUGCAACCAUCAGCAACAGAGACAACCCAGUUAACAGCGGAUGGGCACCACUCCUAUCACACCGACACCGGCUUCAACUAAACCCCCGUUCCCAUCAAAUCCUGGCCUGCGGUCCUGCCUGCUUCCCUGCUCCACCUCAGUGAGAUGUAAGAAAGGGGCGAUCCUUUCCACUUCAGAAAGAGUGCCGUGUGGAGGAGAGGGACUAGUAAGCAUGGCCCAUGAAAGGAACUAAUGAAGUCACAUUCCUUACACCCUCUCCCUGAUUGGUCCACAACUUAUUUCCCCCCCCCUCGUACAAGACGAAAAGAGAAACAACCUAAGUUUCCUUUUGAUCUCUUCUUUUGUAUUUCUUGGCCUUUUAACCGCACAGGUCUGCCUACCCCACUUUCCCUCUCCCACACUUUGCAUCAUGGUGUAGCAUGCACUGUUUAUAAAACAUGGUCUCCAGGUUUUCUUUCAUCUUCUGCAGCAUUUUUCCUUUGCAAGACUUUAUAAUGUAGGUGCAUCCGUAUGUGCAAUAUAUUCAAAUGAGUACGGUUCUCACGGAGGAGGCGGAGGGGUGACGUUUACGUGAUAUUUCAUGCUGAAGGAAAGGAGAACCAUGGCUCAGGGAGGAGCUUAGAGAGAUGUGUUUGUUUGCUAAGGUGAUCGGUGUCAUCAUUAAUCCCUCGAGAACAGAGUUGUCAUAUAUUAGUGCAAUUUCCACUUCUGAUUCGCAAUCAGUCCUGUUUAAGUUGAACAUGCCACCUGCCAUCGUCAGACCUGCAGUUCGUCUUUGGCUCUGUGUUUGUUUGUCUGUGGUGAGCUCCCCUGAGAGUUUUUAAUAAGAGUCAUGAGGUUGUUGAGGCACAGAGCUUUAUUUGCAGACAUUUGUUUCAUAAAUGCCUGCUGGUGUAACAUUCUUGUUAUUAAUUAGUAUUGGCUUUCCAUUCCUCUGCCUCAGCUUUAUUUCAGCUUGUCUUUGCAGGAUGGAGACUAGUUUCCUGUCUUUCCUGCAGCACUGAACAGGUCGUCAUGACCGUUAUUGUCAAGGUAAUUUUUAUGUUGGUUCAAAAUGUCUUGCAUUGCACUAUUGCAUCCAUUUAUGGCCGUUUUCAGUCCAGGUGGAUUAGUUGUAGUAUGUUGAUCUAUUGUUCUCAACCAAACCUAACAAGAAUAUUUGCGUCAUUUUGUAUUUGUUGCUUUUUUCGUCCCAUCAGCAGUUACAUCUGAUAGAUUUAAAACAAAUUGACAUUGAAUUUCAGAAAUUAGAGGCUUCAGCUUUAAAGGAAUCUUCUGUUUACUUAUUGAUCUUGCGGUAUAUGAAGCCAAGGAGCUCCAUCCAGGUAAUUCAGUCGGUCCUGGUGAGAGCUGUCAAUAUAGGGAGAAAUAACAGAUCUCUAUCAGCAGCUUGUUCAGAGGGUGACAUGUUUUUAACUCUGAGCUGUCUUGAAUAUGUGAAGUAGUUAAUGUGCUGUGGAAAAAAAAAAAGAAGCAUGUUACACUCUUCAUAGCUGGGAAAUAAAGCUGACUACAGAACAUCCACAUGAGGGAUAUUUUAGGUGGUGAAGAAUAUGAUUUGCAUCAUGUUUUUAGUCCUCGUGUUUUGAACUGAAGUCUGAUGACAUAUUGUCGUACGCUGUAAUCGUUUAUCAUUGUUUACUUUUUUGAAUCCAUGUAGAGUAAAAGCUCGUCAGGCAUAUCAUCUGUGAGCUCUCUGCUACAGGCAGCUCCAAGUAAAAUUACUCUAGAUUUUUCAUACUACUGAAUUUGCAUACAUUGUCACAAAUUUUCAAAUUGCCAUGACCAUCUUUGCCACAAUGUCCAUUUCAUAAAUGCUAAUGUGUUUCAAUGGUUUACAUUAGGUGAGCUCCUGUUGCCCACCCUCUGCUAUUAACGGUAUGGAUGUUGACCUCUGUGGCCCUUGUAUGAUGUUUCCUGUAACCCUUGAUGAAACAUAGAUGUUCCUGUCAUGGCUUUUUUCAUAGAGAUACUGAAAGAUGCUACUGUAAAUGUUCUAAGUUGAAUGCACUGUGUUUGGAAAAAAAACUAUAAUGGAUCAAUGAUCAGGCAAUGACUCCACAAAAAGACAACAUGGUAUAUAUAUAGUGUAUCUAUAGUGAAAUGGUUAUAUGAUGCAUUUUUGGAAUUGUAUUUAUUUCAUACUUGAUGAUGGCUAUAAUUUUAACUGGUAUGGUGUUGUAAUGUAACCAUUAAAUUUAGCAAGGAAUGGUUUAAUGGUUAAGAUCGUUUGUACAUACACUUCGCCCAUAUAAAGUAUAAACCUUAACGUUUAUGUUGUAGCAUGGUAACUGUCUGGAAGAAAAUAAGUGGUGAUUGAUCUGAUUUGCUGUCGUUGAAUAAAUGUUCCUGAACAUGU